GCAGUGACGGAAACCUCGCGCUAACUCUUUGCGCUGUGGAGGGAAUGUCUCAUUGUUUUUCCCCGGGCAUCUGAGCGGGCCACACAUAGAAAACCCAACGGCAGCGAACGUUAACGGAUAGGUCACAAAAACUGGCCAGUAAUUGUACAUGAUCAACGUAAAUGACAGAUGUUCCUUUAAAGCUGAUUGUUAAUCGGAGCGUUAUCGUUAGCUAAUAUUAACAGCAGUUGCAAGCUGUAAGUGGGCGACAUGGCAACUGGGGGCACUCCUCUUGAUGACAGUUCAGAAGAGCUGCACAACUGGACUGUAACCAAUAGCAGUCUGGAAGAUAGACUCAACAACAUGGACUGGGGUGUACAGCAGAAGAAAGCCAACCGAUCUUCAGAGAAGAACAAGAAGAAGCUAGCAGCUGCAGUAGUGGAGAGCCGCCUGACUAAUGAUAUUUCGCCAGAGUCCACUCCUGGGGCUGGUCGCCGGAGAGCACGCACUCCUCAUUCCUUUCCACACAUCAAAUACACUACCCAGAUGUCUGUUCCAGACCAAGCUGAGCUAGACAAACUGCGUCAGAGGAUUAAUUUCACAGACCUGGAUGAGAGGAGCAUCGGCAGUGACUCCCAGGGGCGUGUCACAGCUGCCAACAACCAGCGCCAGUUAGCUGGAGAGAAUAAGAAACCCUACAACUUCCUACCUCUGCAUGUAAACACUAACAAAAGCAAGGAACUGCUCCCUCCCUCCUCUUCGGCCCCAGCCACCCCAGCAAUCACCAAGGAAACCAAGAAGCAGAGCCCAGGACUCAGAGAUACGUUAACCCCUGUCGUUCCUACCAAGGAAACUCCAAGGCUCAGCCAUGGUGGCACAGAGAGAGGGCCCUUGCUGCACAGAGAUUAUGGGAGAGGAGAGCCAAGAAUAGACAGCAGCCAGGUGGUGAGCAAACUGAUACAGAUCCGGGAGUACAUCAGUAAGGCCAGCUCCAUGAGGGAUGACCUGGUGGAGAAGAAUGAUGUGCCGGCCAACGUGGAGCGUCUUUCUCAUCUCAUCGACCACCUCAAGGAGCAGGAGAAGUCCUAUUUGCGGUUCCUGCAGAAAAUGCUGGCGCGGGAGAAUGAGGAGGAUGACGUGGGGACCCUGGACUCUGCAGUGGGCUCCAGUUCACUGGCAGAUAGCACGUCUCUUAACAUUGAGAUGCGCUCUUCAGAUGCCUCAAAUGCAAUGGAUGGUAGGCCAGAAGUUGUACGUGCUGACCAGAAGGAAGAAUUAGAGAAUCUGCGUAAGCAGCACGAGCUGCUGAAGAAGAUGCUGGAGCAGCAGGAGCAGCUCAGGGCCCUGCAGGGCCGGCAGGAAGCUCUAAUGGCCAUGCAGCACAGUGCAGAACAGGCACUUGCUGUGAUUGAAGACACUGUUGUCACAGAAACCACAGGCAGUGUUUCAGGCCUGAGCAUCACAUCAGAACUGAAUGAUGAGUUAAACGAUUUGAUCCAGCGGUUCCACAACCAGCUACAUGACUCUCAGACUAAAGCAGUGCCAGACAACCGUCGCCAAGCAGAGAGUCUUUCCCUCUCCAGAGAGGUGUGCUGGUCUAGGGCUCCCCAGACUGUUGGCCCACCUCAACACAGGCCACUCCUCCACUCUGCCUCUGGGCCACACACAGGGCUAGACACUGGAGCAACAGCGGCCAGUGCAAAACUCACCAAGCUCCAAGAACUCCAAGACAAAAAGCAAACCAUGGAUAAGAUCCUGCAGGAGCUGCAUUCACUCAGAGACCAGACUCUCAAUAAUAACUCAUGUCGUGGCUUGUCAACACAGUGCAGUCUGAGUAUGGGAGGAUCCUCAGAUUGUCCAUCUGCUCUCUGCUCUAAUGGGGCCUCAGCUUCCACUUCCUUUCAUCCUUCACUCACACAACACCAGGACAGCUCUAACUCCACAGACAAGCUCAAGAAGCUAAAGGAGGUCCACAAGCGUUUGAAUGAGCUGCGGGAGUUAGUUCAGUACUAUGAGCAGACUUCUGAUAUGAUGGUGGAUGCGGUCAAUGAGAAUGUGAAAGAGGAUGAUGAUGAUGAAGAGGAGGAGGAAGAAGAUGAGACAGAGGACGGCUCUAUGUUUGAGGCCAUGUUUGACUCUGAGCAGGAGAACCGCCAGCCUGUAACUAACAUCAGAAACCCUCAGCGCAGUGGGAACUGGACAGACCUGAACAGCCUGACAAACGGGCGCAGUGUCAGGAGUAGUGGCACUAACAACCGGGACAGCAGACUCAACACUGAGUGUGAAAUCAACAACCGUUCAGCAGCCAACCUUCGCAGCCUCAACAUCCCCUCAGCCAUAGAGUGUCAGUACAACAGGGACACACCUUAUAAUCAAGUGAAGGACGAGGAUGAAGAUGAGGACUGUCUUGACAAUGAUGCAGUGGCACAGGCUGUGACUCAAGACAGUGAGGCAUCGGGGUCCAGCAGGAGGAGCAGCCUGGGGAACGAUGGAGGUUUUCCCCAAAAGGUUCAUCGACAGACAGCGAAGCAGAAACUACGGCAGCUGCAGGAACUGGUGGCCAUGGUUCAGAGUGAUGACACAGAUGGUACAACAGCUAAUGAGGAUGAAACUUUACACCAACAACCAAAUAAUACCAGAGCUACUGCAGCUAGGCCACUUGGGGGUGGAUCUAAGAAUCCCGGAGACCUAACCCUCUCCAGCAAGGCCAGGGAGAAGUUAUACAAGGAGAAACUUCUUCAGCAGAAACAGGAAUUGAAGCAGCUCCAUGAAGAGCGCCAGAGACUCAUUGAAAUUCAAGGCAAGAUCCAGGACUUGCAGUGGGCUUGCCCUGACCUCCAGUCAUCAGUGUCUAGCACAUUGAGUCAGCAGGGUUUGCUCAAAAAGGUCCCAGUUGCAGUUUCCACUCCGGCCACUAUGCCGGCCACUAUGCCGGCCACUGGACCAAAAACCAACUCGGCUGUGCUCAAACCCACUGCUCCAGAAGCAGCUACUUCUUCAGUCACUGACAAUGAGCAGCUUUGGUCAGAGAUGCGUCGCCACCAGAUCCUACGGGAAGAACUGCGCCAACGCAGAAAGCACUUAGAGUCCUUGAUGGCUGAACACCAGAGGCGCAGCGGUCUCAGUGACUCUCCCCGUCGGACUGAUGACCAAGAUAGCCUUGCUACACCCUCACAACCUGUCAGUAGGGAUGAAAGGACAAUGGCAACCUGGGGUUCCACUCCCUGCCACCUUGAUGAUGAUGAUGAUGAUGAUGAUGAUGAUGGUGAUGAUGACGACGACGACAAUGAUGAGUAUCACUCAGAGAUCGGCGCUGAGGAGGAAGAGGAGCAGGAAGAAUGUGCAGAGAGCAGCUCUGAUGAUGACAUCCACAUCUACUCUUCAAGCAGGAACCAGUGCUCAUACAGUAACAGGAAUAAUCAAGGAAGUAACCUGAAGCCUCCACCAGCCUUUGCAGGUGAGGGUAGUGGACAUCUUCAUAACAAGAUCAAGGCCAAGCAGCAGCAGCAGCAGCAGCAGUCCAGAAGUUUGAACCAGUCUGCGAGCCAGCAUGGUGGUACACGACGGCAAGAAAACCUGCGCUGGGCUUCAGAACUUUCCUUUGCUGAGGGCUCAUGCCACUGGCAGGAACAGGUCAGCCAGUUGCAGAGACAGCUGGACUUCAGCACCAGCAUGUGUCAAACACUCCUUCAGGACCAGCAGACACUGUCAUACAUGUUGCAAACACUGCUGACAGGUCAGUACAGCUUGCUACCCAACAACGUGUCAUCACCACAGGUCCACCUGGUCAUGCACCAACUCAACCAGUGUUACACCCAGCUGGCUUGGCAGCAAAACAACGUACAAAGACUAAAGCAGGUCCUAAGCGACCUACUUCGCCAGCAGCAGCAGCAGCAACAACAGCAGCAGCCUUCCUCUUCAGCAUCAGGUUGGCAAACACAGAAGCACGGCCCAUCCCAGGAAUCCAACUCUGGUCCCUCAGCCUCUCCUGGUGUCUUCCUCCCCUUCUCCUCUACCCUGCAUCCUUCAACAAACAUGUCAACAGCUGCCUUAUCCCCGUUCCCUCCCAGCUUUAACUUGUAUCCACUGUUCCCUCCUGCCAUGGGUGAGUUCCCUCAGGGUGCGGUAGGUCAUACUGCACCUGACCACCAGAAGCAGCAAUUAGACCCGAACACCUCUAUCAAAACGGAGUACAUGAGUUUCCCCCCUCCACUGCAGCGCUCUCCUCUUAACACAACAACAGAAAGAGGACCAGCUGGCUGGCUUAACACUUCCUACACAAACAACACCGUCCAGCAUCACCCAUCUAAAACACAAUCACAAGAGUCGCCCUCCUCCUCCCCUACUUUUGUGAACCGCCACUCCAGACCUCAAGACUUUGACCAGGCUUCACAGGAAAGCUUCAGCAGCAUGCCCGAUCCUGUUGACCCCACCACCAUAACAAAGACUUUCAAAGCUGGUCGUAAGGCCUCUGCACAAGCCAACCUAGCCUCCCGAAGCAAGACUCCCAACUCUAAGAGUCGUCGCAGAAGGAGCAAAGGGCACAACAGGAACAAUGAAGGCCACGACAGUGACAGUGUUAGCAGCACUGCAGACUUUGCCCAGGAGAGGGCAGCCCCUUCUCGUCAGAAGGAUCAGAAUCAGAGUCUGCUGGACAAGCUAACUCAAGAGAAACUAGACAACAAGACUAAGCUUGGGAAUAAAAGAAAUGACCUCUCCUCCGCGUAUGCUUGGAGAACACCCUUCCUCUCUAACAGAAUUGCAUGCACAGAAGCACCAGAUGCAAGCAGUGACUUCUCUCUGUUCGAGGCUCUGAGGGAGACGAUUUAUUCUGAGGUGGCUACCUUGAUAUCACAGAAUGAGUCCCGACCUCACUUUCUCAUCGAGCUCUUCCAUGAGCUGCAGCUGCUCAACACAGACUACUUACGGCAGAGGGCACUCUAUUCCCUCCAGGAUAUAGUGACCAGGCACCUGGCAGAGAAGAGUGCAGCUGAGGACCAGCUGCCUCCUCUUGGUCCUGUGGUGUGGGCUGCAGGUUCUCAGUCUGAGCUGACACCCAGUGAGAGUCUGGCUACUAGUGAUGCAGAGGUGGUGGAGAAAAACUUGAAGCUCACACAGGACACAAUGAAGAAGAGGGAUGAUGCAGAAUCUGUGGACAAUGACAGCACCAUGUCAACCUCCUCCAACCUGGAGCCAUUUGCUAAUGAUGACCUGGGCAACACGGUGAUUCAUUUAGACAAAGCUCUGGCCAGGAUUAGGGAGUAUGAGCGCAUGAAGCUUAAAGCUGAAUUUAACCCCUGCAACGCCAGCACUGCAGACUCUGAAGUCUCACAUGCUGAACAUCCUUCCGCUAACCCUGGUGAACCAGUGGAAGGGGGUGCGACUGGUGACGUGCGCUGUCCUCAGAUUGACACGCAGCAGUUGGAUCGUCAGAUCAAAGCCAUCAUGACAGAAGUCAUACCCUUCCUUAAGGAGAACAUGGAUGAGGUGUGCUCCCUCCAGCUGUUGACAUCUGUGCGGCGCAUGGUUCUUACUCUCACACAACAAAAUGAUGAAAGCAAGGAGUUUGUCCGCUUUUUCCACAAACAGCUGGGAGGCAUCCUGCAGGACUCUCUUAGCAAAUUUGUUGGCCGCACUCUGAAGGACUGUGGAGAGGACCUUCUGGUGGAAAUCUCAGAGAUCCUUUUCAAUGAACUGGCCUUUUUUAGGCUCAUGCAGGAUUUGGACAACAGCAGCAGCAUCGCUUUGGCAGCCAAACACAAAAAUAAGAAGAAGGCUGAACAAUCCAGUAAAGCAAAACACAGUCUCAAGGACCAAGAUGAGGCUGAGCAGGAAGGUGAUUCUACGCUCCAGGAGCUCUACCUGCAGACAGAGAUGAAGAACAACAGGAGCAGUGAAGCUUCAGAGGUUGAAGAGGAAGAUGAGGAUGAAGGGGUUGGACAGGGAAUGCCUCUGUCAAUCAGUCUCUCCAAAGCAGAGACUCAGCCCCUGACAAACUAUGGCAGUGGGGAGGAUGAGAAUGAGGAGGAGGAAAUCGAGGAGUUUGAGGCCGGACCUGUUGAUGUCCAAACUUCCUUGCAGGCUUCUGCUGAUGGACAGGUAGAGCAGGAGGGGACAACAGCCAGUGAAACCCUGGAGACAAAAACUGAACAGAGGAGUUCAGAGAAUAAUGAGGUUGGGACCGCGAAUUCCACAGGAGAUGAACAUACCUUAGCGGCGUGCCAGAAUCCAGAGGAGGAGAGUAAAGCUGAGGCUGCUGCUUCAGAAGAAAACACUGCGGUCUCUCAGGAAGGCCAGGAAGUCCCCAAGGAGUCAACCACUACCAGCAGUCCGGACACAGACUCACCAGUCAUGAUCAACGUAGAUGAGAUGGGGUCAGGUAACACUAGUCAGAAGUCUGAUGAGGAAGACUUUGUGAAGGUGGAUGACUUGCCAUUGCAGCUUACAGUCAUGUGUGAGGAGGAGCUUCAGAAGAGAAUAGUGGAGGAGCAGCAGAAUAACAACCUGUCUGUGGAGAUCCUUAAUGGGAACACUGAAUCGCUGACUGGGCUGGUGGGAAAUGCAGAAGCACUGAAGGAACCAGACACCGUUGGUGCCCAGAGUGUGUAAAGAAUUAUACCGAUGUCUCAAAAUCUACUGUUUUUAGCAACACUAUGCUUUCACCCUCAAUCUGUUCUGGAUUUAUGAAUGUUGGUUCUUAAUCUGCUAGUUUAAAAGGAGCAACGGUUCAUAACACUCGUCGCAAAUUAGUUGACACACACCAGAUAAAAUUAAACCUCUACACAUAAUCAACACUUCAUUUUAUUCCUGAACAUUUAAUGUGAUUUAUUGGUAAUCUGGGGCAGGGUUCUCUCUAUGCUGCUCAGUUAAGCCUCUGUUUGAGUCUUUGUAGUACUGAAACUCGUGUUCAGAUCUGCCUUAGUCUCCUUCUUGGUUCUGGUAUCAGUUUGCAUCAGGUAUCAGUUGUGAUUUUUUUUUUUUAUGUUUUAUUUUUCUUGGCCCUGCCUUACUGUUGUACAGCUCAUCUUUUCUGCACUUGAUUCUUAAUUAUAAAGAGAUAACAGUAGGAUGGAAGUUCAGCUGUAGCCUGGCUUUCAGCUAAUUGUUUCUCCAGGUUGAACACUUUUUUCCUUUAUAUCGGAGCUUGAGGCUCAGACUUAACUUUUAUCCCUUCAGAUGCAUCUUUAUAUGCUGUUUUGUUCUGUUAACGGUUAGUCUCCAUUGAUUUUCAUGUAAUUAAAAUAUUGACUACAGCAAUAGGUUUUAAUUAAUAAAAUGCUGGAACUUUCAAAAAUGGUGGUGUGGGCCUUUCCUCAUGAUGCUGCUGCAGCUGAUUUAAGAUCAUGUCUUGUAGCUACUUUCCAAUGUGUGGUACAUAAAUAUCUACUGAUCUCAGAAAGACAGGAAACUUGGGGCCAUGUCUGUUGGGGCACAAUAGCAACUUUGGGAUCCCCACACAGGUCAAAUUCAACCAUGACUGACACAACUACACAAUAACUGAGAAAUCUACCACCACUUAAUUUAAACUGACCGAUUCAUGUAGU